AUGCCGUCAAUUGCACUGCAUCCGCGUUCCUCUGCGCUCGUGACAGACCCCUCCCUCUCCGUCCACAAUCCCCUCCCUCAACUCCUCCAAACACCCUCAGGCCUUGCCCUCCUCGAACUCCAAGGCACAAUCAACGUGCCAACCUCCGAAGCCGAGCAGGGCGAUCCCAGUGUAGACAAUGGAAUCGCAGAAUCCACCUCCUACGAAACCCCGAUCGGCAAACUCAUGUUCCCGGACUAUUCGAUCCACAACCCAGACGAUACUAAGUGGAUGAAACGGGUUUACCUGUACGUGGGACGGUACCAGCGGAUGACUGGGGAGGUGAAGAAAUUACCAAGACCGAUCGCGGUGCUACAGAAGAGGGCUGGGACUGAGACGGAGGAGUUGGAGGUGGUGGAGAUUGUCAGGUAUAAGGUGUUUUUCAAGAGCCGUCCGGAGCCGGGGAAUCAGGAUUUGAGGGAGUUGUUCCCUCCUGGUGCUGGUGCAGGCCUGUGGGAUGCUUCCUCGAGGGACUACAACAUGGUCAUGGCCAUGCUGCACCAAUUGGCCCUCGUGGACGCAACUACGGACAAAUACAACGCUGCCAGGGUCAUGAAACAUAAGAUCUACCAUUCUGCUCCGUCGCUCCGCGUGUUGCCUCUUCGUGUGAGCUAA